AUGUCGUUGGGUCAGAAGAUCUACAAAAUCAAGAGUUUUACGCAGAAGUUUUGCCAGAAAUUUGCGGUCAAAUUGCGCAAGGACUCGCUGCCAGGACACGCGAGAUUCGUCAAAAUAGCCAACUACCAGGACCUGUUGGGCAGCCAUCAUCAACUGCUCAUAUCCGCCACCGCCGCCGCCGCUGCAGCAGCCGCCGAACCGCAACUGCAACUGCAACACUUGUUGCCAGCAGCGACGACGACGCCAGCAGCCAUUAGCCAUCCGAUUAGCCCGAUAAGCCCGAUUAGCCCGGUUAGCAGCAAUAGCCAGAGCCACGCCCACAGCCUAAGCCAGAACAACAACCAGCAGGCGGUGUUUGAAAAAGCCAUCACCAUUUCGUCGAUUGCGAUUAAACGCAGGCCGACGCUGCCGCAGACGCCAGCAAGUGCCCCACAGGUUCUGUCGCCGUCGCCCAAGCGCCAGUGUGCCGCCGCAGUCUCUGUCCUGCCGGUGACCGUUCCGGUGCCAGUGCCCGUCUCCGUGCCGCUGCCCGUCACCGUACCCGUUACAGUCAAGGGUCACCCGCACUCGCAUCCGCACUCGAUCCAGCCCCACUCGAUCUCGCAUCCGCACCACGCUCACUCGCUGAGCUUCGCCCAUCCCACUCAGUUCGCCGCAGCGGUUGCCGCCCACCACCAGCAACAGCAGCAGCAGGCCCAGCAAGUGCAGCAGCAGCAGGUGCAGCAGCAACAAGUGGCCUACGCGGUGGCCACAGCCCCACAACUGCAGCAGCAGCAACAGCAACAGCGUCUGACACAGUUCAACCAGGCGGCAGCAGCGGCCCUGCUCAACCAGCACUUGCAACAGCAGCAGCACGCCCAGGCCCAGGCCCAAGCACAGGCUCAGGCUCAAGCCCAGCAAGCGCAACAGCAAUCUCUGGCCCACUACUACAGAUACGCAGCCCAGCAGCCACAGCAGCAGCAACAGUCGCAGCAACAUAUCCUUCUCAGCAGCGGCGCAAGCAGCAAACAAGGAAGCAACACAAGCACACCUGCAACUGCAGCACCUGUAACAGUAGCAGCAGCCACCGUUGCCGCUGUGCCGACGAGCGGCGGCAGCUUGCCGGACAGUCCCGCCCACGAAUCGCACUCGCACGAGUCCAACUCCGCGACCGCCUCCGCACCGACCACGCCCUCGCCGGCCGGCAGCGCCACUAGCUGCGCCCCCACAACAACCACCACAGCUGCAACAACAGCCGCCACCACAUCGGCAACAACCGUCAGCGACAGCAACAACAACCUGAGCAACAGCAACACCAACAGCAGCAGCAGCAACAGCAGCAGCAGCCGGGACUUAAUGGAAAACCAGAUGGCCCUAGUCCCGCUGGGACUUUCGCAGAGCAUGGACUCCGUGAACACGGCCAGCAAUGAGGAAGAGGUCCGGACACUUUUUGUCAGCGGUUUGCCGAUGGAUGCCAAGCCGCGUGAGCUGUACUUGUUAUUCAGAGCCUAUGAGGGCUACGAAGGAUCUCUUUUAAAAGUAACUAGCAAAAAUGGCAAAACUGCAUCGCCCGUUGGCUUUGUGACAUUCCAUACCAGAGCUGGAGCUGAGGCUGCCAAACAGGAUUUGCAGCAGGGUGUACGCUUCGAUCCCGAUAUGCCCCAAACAAUUCGCUUGGAAUUCGCCAAGAGUAACACGAAAGUGAGCAAACCCAAACCACAGCCCAAUACAGCGACAACAGCCUCACAUCCUGCAUUGAUGCACCCACUCACUGGACAUUUGGGUGGGCCAUUCUUUCCGGGCGGACCAGAGCUUUGGCAUCAUCCGUUAGCUUACUCGGCAGCCGCCGCCGCCGAGUUGCCCGGAGCUGCUGCCUUGCAGCAUGCCACCCUAGUGCAUCCAGCCCUGCAUCCGCAGGUGCCAGUGCGCUCCUAUCUCUGACUAAAUACAGACAAAGUAAUGGAGCAGCCAAUGCAUCAAACUCAAAUGACAAUGCCGCCACAUCAUCAGACCACUGCUACUGCUAUUCAUCCGGGAGCUGCGAUGGCUCACAUGGCUGCCGCUGCAGCAGCUGUUGCGGCCGGUGGGGGAGGAUGUGCUGCCACCGCAGCCGCCGCCCCUCAGGCCGCUGCUGCAACCGUGGCGGGUAAUGCGGCUGCUGCCGCUGCCGCAGCCGCUGCUGUCGGCUCGCACCACCACUUUCUGUCCAGCCCGGCCCUCGCCAGCCCCGCUGGAUCCACCAACAACGCCAGCCACCCGGCCAACCCACAGAUCGCAGCUAAUGCUCCCUGCUCCACGCUGUUUGUGGCCAACCUGGGACAAUUUGUGUCCGAGCACGAGCUGAAGGAAGUCUUUUCUAGUAUGCCUGGCUUUUGUCGCCUACGAAUGCACACAAAAGCCAUGGCAGCAGCAACUGGCUCAAGCUGCUCCACCAGUAACGGGAGCGGUGCAGGAGGUGCGUCGCCCCAACAUCCGGUGGCGUUCAUCGAGUUCAAGGAUCCACCGAGUGCGUCGCAGGCCAUGCAGCAAUUGCAGGGCAAAUACUUACUCAGUUCGGACCGCGGCUCCAUUCGCAUCGAGUUUGCCCGCAGCAAGAUGAUCAAUGAGGUGGCUAUGAUGAACAUGACCCACAAGCCACCACCACCACCGCCUCCAGUCGCCGCCACUUCCGUGGCGACUGCAACUGCACCGCCAACUGCAACACCUUUGUACAUCCUUAACGGGGGCGGUGGGGUAGAGCAACUGCUCGUCACUGCACCACCGUCACAGCAGCAGCUUCAGAUGCAGCAACUGCAACAGCAACUGCAACUACACCAGCACCAGCAGCAGCAACUACAACUGACAGUGGCAGCACCCUGCACCACAGCAAGCACCACCACCAACAGCACCACCACUAGCGUUGUUGUUAACUCACUACAGCACCACCAACUUCAUCAUCCAAAUCAGCACCACCAAAAUCAUCUCUUUAGAGACCAGCAACAUGAGCAGCAAGCAACAACCAAGCAGCAAUCAGCAACAACAAGAGCGGGUAUGGAAUCACGGCAUGAUUUGCUCGCUAAGAAGCUAGAGCGGGAAAUGCAGCAGCAGACGCAAGUGCACCACUCGACGCAUCAGCAACAGCCACAACAGCAGCAACAUCACCAUGCUUCGACGCAACAACAUUACCACCAUAGCCACCCAGCAGCGCACCACCACCUCCAGCAGCAGCACCAGAAUACACCACAGCAACAGCAGCAGCACCUGAGCCACCACCUGAGCCACCAUCAUCAGCACCACCAUCAGCAGCAACAGUUCUUGAUGACGCCGACAGUAACCUGACCCGGCGGCAAUGCGAGCCACCAUUAUGCGACGCCGCAUCACCACCACCUGCAGCACCACCAGCCGCACCACCAGCAGCAGCAACAGCCGCAGCCGAUGCAGCCGCACCACCACAUCUACUCGUACGUGCUGCCCGCGGUCAGUCACAUAGCGGCCUAAUAAGAUCACAUUUGGGUUUGAGUCGCAGAAAGGGCGAAACGCUCCGCAUGCAACGGAUUCAUGCGAGGAGUUAGUUAUAGAAGACAAAAAACUAAAAAAAAUACAAAAAAAAAAACAAAAAAGUAAAAAAUGAAAAAAUAAUGUUAAUUUAUACAUGUGAAAGAAAAUAACAGAUCCCGUAACCCAGUUUAGUGAAAUUUUUCGACAGGCAACAACAAAAGAUUGUAGUAGAAACCAAAAAUAAGACAAUGGGAAAAACUUGUAGUAAAAUAUACAAUUCACG